CUAGUAGACUGAUAGGCAGAUAUGUUACCUUCUGUCAUACAUUUUGUCGCCUCCCGUUUCAUCUCGUACGAACUAGAUGCGGCUGAUGGCAACCUAAAUCAUGUGUUCAUGUACGAUACGCGCAUGGAAGGAUCGCUUUGUCACGGGGUCAGUGAACGGGAGGAGACAUCUGGGGAAUAUAGUAGCGGGCCGGACCCCGACAACACCAUCGGUUCAGGUCCCGAGACCGUAAACGGCGUUGAACUCGAGCACCCCGCACGAGCGAUGGUAAUUGAUAUGGACUAUAUGGCCAUAGAUCGUGAACCGGACUUGAUGAGACUCAAGGACCUCAAUCUCAUACUCAAGUUCAUACUCAAGUUCACUCACAUACUAUUAAUUUGACGAUUUUGUUGUGAAAAUUACUCACCCGAACACUUUCAAGAAACUGUCAUAGCGAUCGGGUCGGUUUCGUAUACUGUCGGGUUUCUCAGCCGCGCGAUCAGCCAUGGUUAAGGGGCGCGUCGUAACAUCCCUGCGGAAUGCCUCGACUUCGGCAACCCUGCCGCCGUCGACACCGCACAUUACUAGUCGAUUCCCUUUAGCACCGUUACCCAAUGGGAUGCUGCUAAGAUCCCUGCUCAUAGCCGGGAUAUCGUCGAAACGAUUGCUUCUCAUACCAUCUUUGAAGAUUCUUUCUUUUCUCGCAAAACCUGAUAGGAACUUUCUUCUUCACGUCGAAAAGAACCCGCUUAUCUAUGGGAUUUUGAAGAAGACUUUUUAUAAUCAAUUCUGCGCGGGGGAGACGGGGCCGGAGACGAGGCGCCGUGUUCGCCAACUCAAAGAUCUUGGGCUUAAGGGCGUGAUCUUAACAUAUGCACGGGAAACUGUAUUUGACCAUAAAACCAACAAAGCCGAUGUGCAAGGUGUUGACUCUGGCGACAUUACUAGUUCUUCUGCAGCAGACCUAUGUCCGCAUCUAGAAGAAUGGCGGGUUGGAACUCUCGAGACUGUCAACCUGAUCGAGGAAGGCGAUAUUCUUGCUGUGAAGCUAACCGGGGCUGGUCCCAAGGUAACACAAGCUUUCGCUGAAGGUCGACCGCCACCUCAGCGAUUCUUAGAUGCAAUCAACGAGAUUUGCGCAGCUUGCAAAGCUCGUUCAAUUCAAGUUAUUAUCGAUGCCGAGUCGCAGCAUUUCCAAAAGGGGAUCUCAGCAGUUACUCUGGAUCUGAUGCGAAAAUUCAAUCGCGACGGUUCUGCUGUCGUUUACAACACAUACCAAGCAUAUCUCAAGAAAACUCCAUCUAACAUCGCAGAGCAUCUCGAAGCCGCGAGUAAAGAUGGAUUUACGCUGGGCCUCAAGCUAGUUCGCGGCGCGUAUAUUCUUUCCGAUGAUCGAUCUUUGAUCCAUGAUACGAAACAAGAUACCGACGACGCUUAUAACGGCAUUGCGACGGGCGCGCUAACGAAGCAACUCGGCGGGUUUGGAGGAGAGGGCAGCAAGGCUUUCCCUUCUGUCAAUCUCUUCCUAGCUAGCCACAACAGGGAGAGUGUAAUUGGAGCCAACAAAUUACACCAAGAGAGAAUUAAGAAUGGUCUACCUACCGUACCCGUGGGUUUCGGCCAGCUUCAUGGAAUGUCUGACGAGGUCAGCUUUUCAUUGCUAGCGGAGAAGGAUGAAAAUCAGACAUCGCCAGAUGUGUAUAAAUGCUCCACUUGGGGUAGCAUGGGCGAGUGCUUGGCGUAUUUAUUGAGGCGAGCGGUGGAGAACCGUGACGCGGUGACGCGAACGACGGACGAAUUUACAGCUUUGAAGUCGGAAGUUUGGAGAAGAUUCAAGUCGACAUUUGGAUUGUCAACUUAGUAAUAUGGUUUCAAGGUUCGGGGUAUGACGUAACGGGGCACUAUGUUUGUUACCUAAUGUAUUGCAUAACUUGGAAAUUGUAUGUAGCAUUUUGAAAUAUGAAAUUGGAUUGAAUUUAUGAA